AUGUCGCGGCCAUCGUCGUAUCACUCAGCGCCAACUCAAGCUGCCAACGACGACUUUGCCCUCCCUCUCUACCAGCAGCCAACCCAGUCGACGCUCGCCUACCAGUCCCCCCAGUACCAGGGGCCGCCUCUCAACCCCAACGUUCCUCCUCCGCGUUCUCCGCGGACCACGGCGCUGCCUCCUCCACCACUGUCAUCGGGACACUCCUUGCAGGCCAACACCCCGCAGCGUCACUCGGUUCACACCACCCACCUCACGCCUUCGCGCCCGUCAGGCUCGCCAUACUCGGCCGCUCAGCCGUACACUCCCACACCCGCAACCACAAACGGUUCCGCCACGAGCUCUCAGCGCCAGUCCAUGCACUUCCCAGCGUACGGGACUUCGUACGGGGCCAGCGACCACCCCCCUACUGCUGGUGGAGCUGGCGGAGCAGGUAGCGGGGGCACGCUAGGAUCGCUUGCGCGGAGCGCCUCGCUCUCCACUGCACGCCGAAAGGAUCCCUUCUCAUACCCUUCCGACGACGUCGAGAGCGGAAUGGCGGGCGGAGAUAUCGGGUCCGGGCCCGCCUAUGUUGCUUCUGCGGGCGCGGCACAGAUCCGCCCCGGUGGUGCGCCAGCUGGCGCGGCCAACCAGAUGCCAAUGCCGUACAUCAACACAAACCUGCGCAAUGACACUGACGUCGUCAUGUCUCCUCCCGGCAGCUCGGGAGGGAAUGCAGUGCGAUACGGUUCGAUGCCCCCACCUCCCGUACGCCUGCAGUCGGGCAGCGCCUCUUCGUCAUCCACCCAGCCUCCUUCAAACCCAUACGUGCCGCGCGAGGGACCGCCCUCCGACACUUGGCUCCACUACCGCCGCAGCAGUGCUCGGCAAUCGAGCUCGCCUCAAUCAGGUUCGGUUAGCCCUGCACUUGUGGCCAGCCCGCACUCGCCGUCCAUGCAGUCCCUGUCAUUGUCAAUGCAGGACACGGCGUCGUCCCCGCACCUCCUCACACCGCAGGGUACAAUGUCCAGUCCCCCCUCAUCCGGCACCCGUGACGGGGGCUUCUACCACCCUCCUAACCAACGCUCGCACUCGCAGAGCUUCAUCAUGCCCACAGGCCCACAGUACGAGGCGCCGCGAAGUUCGUCGCGCGAGGCGCCGAGUAGACAGGGCCUCCGCCCAGUCCGUGGCUGGGAUGACCUCAAGCCCCGCGUUAACGCGCACCCGCAGGGCCGCCGCGCCGACCCCGACGUGCCGGGCGGGUACCUCUCCCCCCUCAAGUGUCUCACCGCUGCAUUACCGCAAACGUACUCGCUCUGCAACCCAGCGUUCAAGUAUGAGAGCUCGGACAACCCGCGCCGCGUUCUCACGAAGCCGAGCAAGCCCGUAUACAACGACGGCGCCGACAAUGAAGACUGGGACUAUAUCUUAUUCGUCAACGACCUGCUGGGCGGGGAGCACGGGGGCGAUCGCUACCUCAUCCUCGAUCUUCUGGGCCAGGGAACCUUCGGCCAGGUCGUCAAGUGCCAGAAUAUGAGAACACACGCCAUCUGCGCCGUCAAGGUGGUCAAGAACAAGCCGGCCUACUUGAACCAGAGCAAGAUGGAGGUCGCGAUUUUAAACUUGCUCAAUCGCGAGCAUGACCCACAUGAUGAGCACCACAUCUUGCGGCUACUCGACUCGUUCACGCACAAGAGCCACUUGUGUUUGGUGUUUGAGUGCCUGUCGUCCAACCUCUACGAGCUCAUCAAGCAGAACCAGUUCAAGGGGUUGAGCUUGCAGCUCGUGCGCGUCUUUACUCAGCAGCUCCUCGACUGUCUCGCGGUGCUCAAGGACGCGCGGCUCAUCCACUGUGAUCUAAAGCCGGAAAACAUCCUGCUCAAAACACUGCAAUCGCCCCAGAUCAAAGUCAUCGACUUUGGCUCGGCGUGUCAUGAGUUACAGACGGUGUACACGUACAUCCAGUCGCGCUUCUAUCGCUCGCCCGAGGUCCUGCUUGGCCUUCCUUACUCGACGUCGAUUGACAUGUGGUCGCUCGGCUGCAUCGUUGUCGAGCUCUUCCUCGGUUUGCCCAUCUUCCCCGGCACAAGCGAGUACAACCAGGUCUCGCGCAUCGUCGACAUGCUCGGCAUUCCGCCGCAGCAUCAGCUCGAGAUGGGCAAGCAGACAAACGACUUCUUCAACUGCGUUGGCGUUGACGCGCAUGGCCGGAAGCAGUACAAGCUCAAGCCGAUGGAUCAGUACGCCAGCGAGCACCGCACCAAGGAGCAGGCGAGCAAGCAGUACUUCAAGCACACGCAGCUGCGCGACAUCAUCAUGGAGUAUCCCCUAACGAAGAAGAACGCGAAGCAGUUGGACAUUGACAGGGAAAUGGCACAGCGUCGUGCAUUCAUGAACUUCGUCGAGGGACUACUCAACCUCGACCCCAUAAAAAGGUGGUCGCCGCAGCAGGCGUCCAAACAUCCGUUCAUCACUGGCGAGAAAUACACGGGGCCCUUUGAGCCGCCCACUGCACCGGCCAAGCGUUCGACCGGGAGCAGCACGGCGCCAGCCACCGCCACCACCGAGGCUUCUGCGGUCCCAGCCACGCCGAGCUCGACGAGCUCGAAGAAGUAUGGCGGGUUAGUCCAGAGCCCUGCUUCUGGUCGCGGCCAGCGCGUGUACUCGGAUGCCGCAGCGUACAAUCACCGGCUCACGCAACAUCAGUACCAGACUGCGCAAGCUCAGGUGCAAGCACAGUCUGCUCAGAACGCGGCGCGCCAAGGGCCAUUCGCACCGGGCAACGCGUACGACACUGCACAACAACAACAGCAGCAGCAGUAUGCUGGCAAGACCCACGUGUCGAGCCAGCACAACCCGCCAACAACAUGGCAGCACCAGAGCCAGGUGCACCCUCCUACACAGCCCUACCACCCAAGGGUUCCCAGCGGGACGUCGGGCAACCAGGGAGCGCGGGCGAGCUUCCCCACUAUCACUGCUCCCACCAACCCGCCUCCCAACUCAUACUUCCCAGGGUCACGUAACCGCGCCAACACAAUAAACCAGAUGGACACGAUCCCGCCAGCGUUGGCGCGGCUGACCAACCUCGGCGCACCCGACCCGAGCAACCGCUCGUCGCUCACGCCUGUGCUGCAUCGCGAGGACAUGGCUGAGGCGUGGGAGCGGCGGCAACAGGGCGGGCACAAGCCGAGCAACCUGCAGCACCAGACGUACGCGCAACUCGAGUACUUGCAAGAGCAGGCUGAGCUGGUCAACAUGGCGCAGCAGGGUUACGUCAUGCCGGGGCAAUACCAAGGGCACCACGCACACCACGCUAGCACCUCGGGACCUCCGAGUGCUGGUGGACUCGCGUCGCUUGGCGGGCAUCACAGAGGCACGCAGUCGUUUUCUGGCACGCAGGCGUACCAGAUGCAGCCGCCCAUCGGCACGCACGAGUACCGCGGCCGCGUCCCGCCGCUUCAGCUGACGGCGACGAACGAGUACGACCCCACGCGUAGUGGGUCGUCUUCGGCAGCUGGAGGCGCACCAUACCUGCCGACCUAUCCACCGGCGGCUGCUACCAGCCAGCCCAACUCGGCGACAUUUGAUGCGUUCGACGCGCGCGACACAAUGAGUGGACUGAUGUACACGCCACUGCAGCCGACACAAGCACAGACGCAGGGCGCGUACGGCGCGUUCACGCCGGGCCACGCGGCACGCUCGUCCUUCUCGGGGCCGUACAACUCGUCUGCCAACUCGCAGCGCAACAACCCGUUUGCAGGGCAGCAGCCCGCUGCGUCGCCGAGACGAGGAGGGCAUGGGUACGGCGCGUAG